CGCUCCACAAGAAUCUGCAGAUUCCGUUCUUCAUCUCCGGCGCUACACCGCUUUAGAAUGGUCUCGCCGACUCCGCCUCAAUCUCCAACUGGCCACUUCCGCCAUACAAUUGUAUCAUGUAACGAUAUGAAACUGCAGAUCUGAUCAAUUUCAAUCCAAUUCCGUCUUUGGCCAAUUCCAAUUUCAAUCGCAUCGACGAAUUGAAAUUGUUCGUGGCGCCAUACGACUGAUGUUUUAUCUGCCCAAUUACGCCAUACAACGAACUGAGAUUGCAGAUCUAGCUGACCAUCGCCUCACCCUGAUGAGAGAUGACAAUCAUAAUAUUUGACUUGGUGAUCACUGAAUCAGUUAGUCUCCCAUACCAUAUUAGAAAAUCCAGGCUAAUCAAUCAUAGUUAAAACCAAUAGGUAAAAGUUGGGCAAAAAGAUAUUGCUUUCCCUACAUAUAAGCCUAAUGUUCUGAUCCGCGUAAAUUUUUUCUUUAUUCUAUGAGAGCCCCCCCUACUAUAAAAUGUGAGAAAGCCCUUUCACUCCAAUCCCCUCACUAAACCAUAAACAUCUCUUUGUUCUCUACUCUUCUCUUAAAUACUCACUAAGAAAGAGUGUGACAAAGGAAAAAUGGGGUCAGUUAUAAACAGUGAAGUCCCAAAGCCUCAUGCCGUGUGCGUCCCCUACCCUGCCCAAGGGCACAUCAACCCAAUGCUAAAGCUAGCCAAAAUCCUCCACCACAGAGGCUUCCACAUAACCUUUGUCCACUCAGAGUUCAACCACCGCCGCCUCCUCCGGUCCCGGGGACCAGACUCCCUCUGCGGCUCGCCGUCCUUCCGGUUCGAGACCAUCCCCGACGGUCUUCCGCCGUCCGAUGCCGACGCCACCCAAGACAUCCCCUCCCUCUGCCGCUCCACCUCCACCGCUUGUUUACUCCCUUUCAUGGAACUUCUGGCCAAACUCAACAAAGACUCUGCCGCCGCGUCCUCCGAUGCGCCGCCGCCGGUUUCGUGCAUAGUCUCCGACGGGGUCAUGAGCUUCACGGUGGCCGCCGCCGAGCAGUUGGGCGUCCCGGAAGUCCUGUUUUGGACGCCUAGCGCCUGCGGCUUCUUGGGUUAUAUGCACUAUUCCAAACUCGUCGACUUGGGUUACACCCCCCUUAAAGAUGAGAAUUGUCUUACAAAUGGGCAUCUAGAGACGAAGCUGGACUGUGUGGAGGGCAUGAAAGGCAUAAGGCUGAGAGAUCUUCCGAGUUUCGUGAGGACCACGGACCCGAACGACUUCAUGGUGAGAUAUUUCCUUGAAGAAACGGAGAGAGCGAAGAAGGCGUCCGCCAUUGUCAUCAACACCUUCGACGCGUUGGAGCACGAGGCUCUCGCGAGCCUCCGGUCCAUGCUUCCGCCCAUCUACGAUGUGGGCCCCUUACAGCUACUCCUCCGGAACGAGGAUGACGACGAGGUCAAAACGCUCGCGUCCAACCUCUGGAAGGAGGACGCGGCGUGUCUGGAUUGGUUCGAGACGAAACGACCGAACUCGGUCGUUUACGUCAACUUCGGGAGCAUAACGGUGAUGACCACGGAGGAGCUGGUCGAGUUCGCCUGGGGAUUGGCGAACUCUGACAAGCCGUUCCUGUGGGUCAUCAGGCCUGACCUGGUCACAGGGGAGGGAGCCAUGCUCCCUCCCGAGUUCGUGGAGGACACGAAAGACAGGGGAAUGCUCUCCAGCUGGUGCCCCCAGGAGCAAGUCCUGGCCCACCCGGCGGUCGGCGGGUUCUUGACCCACUCCGGGUGGAACUCGACCCUGGAGAGCAUAUGCAACGGCGUGCCGAUGCUGUGCUGGCCGUUCUUCGCGGACCAGCCGACGAAUUGCCGGUUCUCGUGCGUCGAGUGGGGGGUCGGGAUGGAGAUCGAUGGCGACGUGAAGAGGGAGGUGGUGGAGGGGCUGGUGAGGGAGCUGAUGGAGGGGGAGAAGGGGGAGGAGAUGAAGAGGAGAGCCAUGGAAUGGAAGAAGCUGGCUCAUGAAGCUGCAACUAAUGGCUCAUCUAAUAUGAAUAUAGAUAAAUUCAUCAAGCAUCUCAAGAACCCUUGAUUAAGGCGAUCAUAUCAUAAACGACUUUAAAUAUA